AUGUCGGCUCCGCCAGCGUACAACCCGGAGUGGGAGCAAAGCUAUGACUCAAAGUAUCCUCCAACUAAUAACAGUGGAACUGCCCCUAUAGCUCCUGAUCCUCUGGGAUCGCAAAUGCAGUCGCCGAGUGUUUUAAGCUAUAAUGGCAUAUAUGGGGGCUUCAGCGACGCCCAGCAAUCUCCCUGGGUUCAUUGGCACUUUUCCAACUGCCUGCCGGCUGUUUUUUUAUCUUCUUUGAACUUGAUUGCCAAAUUUUUGAACUUGAUUGGUUAUUGGUUUUUUGCAUUAGUUCUGAAGCUUUCAGUGUUGUUUUGUGUUAAACAGCCCAUAUCUGGUGGUUAUGAACCUUACAAGGGCGACGUCGAGGCCCAGGAGCCCAAUGAUCAGCCGCCAUCGGUCUCAUUUGCCGCUGCCGGAUUCAGUGACGUACUAACUCGAGCUGUAUUCGUACAAAAAGUCUAUUACACCCUCUCUGUACAAUUCGGAAUUGCAUUAUUUAUUAAAGCAGUCUUUGACCAUUUCGACUCUGUCAAGAUAUUUAUCCUUGAGAAUCCGUACUUGAAUUACGUCAGCUAUGCGGUCUUUCUGAUGUCUUACUUAGUACUAGCGUGUUGUCAAGGACUCCGAACAAAGUCCCCUGCCAAUGCAGCACUCCUCCUUAUGUUCACUUUGGCCCUGUCAGUCAUGACCGGAGUCACAUCCGUUUACUAUUCCACGAAUAUAAUCUCAAUGGCGCUAGGAAUCAUUUUUGCAGUCACUAUGGCAGUGAGUAUCUUUGCGUCCCAGACGAAGUAUGACUUCACGAAGUGGCUCGGAGUCGCGGUUGUCGGCUCUUUCUGCCUCCUCUUCUUCGCAAUCUUCCUCAUCUUCGUUCAUGACCAACUCAUGCACCUAGUCUAUGCGGGGAUCGGAGCCGUUUUUUUCACGGUGUUCCUGGCCAUCGAUACACAGAUGAUCGUCGGCGGGAAGAGGCAGAACAUAAACCCCGAGGAACACAUUCUCGGAGCCAUUAUGCUGUUGACUGACAUCAUCUACAUCUUCCAGGUCAUUAUGUAUAUCCUGAGACGAUCUUAAGAUUGUGGUGUGAUGCUGAAAUGGCGUAACGAGAGAAAUAAAGGAGAGAUGUUGCGCAAUUUAGAUAAAAGUGACAUCAGUGUUUUUCUAACAAAUUAGUUCGCAUGCGCUUUUCACGCUACCUUAGAAUCUUUGUUCAUUCAGGAUAGAAAAGGGUGCAAACUUCUGAGCGGGCAUCAGCAAACCACCAAGUAGCUCGAGAUCGAAAUAACUUAUUUUGAAAAGGUCCAGCCUGAAAUUACUAGAAAAGGUCCAGCCACCUCUAGAAACGAGUUAUCUUCCCUACAGAACUUGUUUUACUCCUGGGAAGGACGAAGUUGACGAAAAAAACUCACAAAAACGCUUGUUGCCUGGUUUCAGUAGAUGAAUAGUAUUAUAUCAUUCGAGCUCACAGAAAAACCGAUGACGUUGAUUUUGCUGUAAUAAAUACGAAAUUGAUAUUAAUGGUUUAGUCGGAGCGAUUGGAAAAAAUAAGCAGUGUCGAAUAUUGA